AAUUUGAUUCAUACAAGAUGUACAUACUCUAAUUUAUUUUCCUCACUCUCUUUUCCCUUUUGAUCUCUACCCACACUUGGUUGGAUAGAAGCAUCUUCGGCGGGAGUUCCAGGUGAGGCACUGGAUCUUUUUCCUCGUCCACUUUGUUCUCUGGGAAAGAAUUCUCAACCUCUGAUGAUCAAACAAUACAGAUUUAUCAUAAAUUAAGGUAUAAGAGUAUAAACAAAGCAAAAUAUGAGUGGCUCAGAUCAUAAUCCACCGGUGGGUUAUAGAUAGCCACCACAGAAUUUCCAAUUGAUUUUGAUGCAGAGGCAGACACAAAAGGCAGCAAAGAUGACUAGUCUGAAAGACAUAGUACCUGCAGCGCAGAACAACAUAAACACACAGUUCAUACUGUUGGAGAAAGGCAAAACGGUAACGGAAGGUCAAAACAAGACAUGCUUGUCGCUUGUGGCGGACGAAACGGCAGCGGUUCACUUCCAGUUGUGGGGAGAGGAGUGCCAAGCCUUCGAGGCUGGAGACAUCAUUCGAUUGUCCAAAGGGAUUUUCUCCUACAACAGAAACAGCCUUGUGUUGAGGGCAGGCAAGAGAGGGAAAGUUGAGAAGGUGGGAGAAUUCACUAUGACUUUUGUUGAGAUACCCAACAUGAGUGAAAUCAGUUGGAUUCCUGAUCCAACUAAUUCCAACAAAUACAUUCAACAAGCUGUCCUUUCUACUCAUUCACGCAUCUUUCCACCAAAAUAUUAACAUUCUUCUCUUUCUUUUCAUGCCAUGAAUAAUGCAAGUAAACCAACACUCAUCUGUUUUUCCUAUUUGAGAAAUGCAUAGAAUGUCGUGUGCACACAAUGCCCGUUCAAAUCACCACCAAGUUACAGAAUAUGGUGCGAGAAAACCUUGUAAAAAUUAUUGAUCGAAAGAUAUGAUGGCUCGCCAAAAGAAACGGUUUUUUUUUUAAGAAACAAAUGGUAUACAUAAUUAUUUUGUAAUUUAUAUUACAUUACACAAAGACUAAACCAAAUUUCUCCCCUGUAAGUUUUCUCUAUGUUGGACAGCAGAAAAUACAUCUCUAGAUGGGCCUAAAAUAAAAUAAUGUACAUGUAUUACAAACUCAAUCUUGAGUGAUGAUCCCGCUAACAACUAAUUUUCUA